UUGGAGCUGGCGGCUCUAACUUCUCACCUUUCUGCUGAUCAAUUCCCAGUGCUAACUCUGUGGAAGGUAUAUAUGAAUUGAUAUUAAAUUAGAAUACUUGGACUUCCGCAAGAGCUCAGAAGAGUGUUCAGCUUCAUCUUGCGUUAAAGAUGUGUGAUCAGACCUUUCUGGUUAAUGUAUUUGGCUCCUGUGACAAAUGUUUCAAACAAAGGGCUCUGAGACCAGUUUUCAAGAAAUCUCAACAGCUCAGCUACUGCUCAGUAUGUGCAGAAAUUAUGGCCACGGACGGGCUGCACGAGAACGAGACGCUGGCGACGCUGAAGAGCGAGGCCGAGAGCCUCAAGGGCAAGCUGGAGGAGGAGCGGGCCAAGCUGCACGACGUGGAGCUGCACCAGGUGGCGGAGCGGGUGGAGGCGCUGGGCCAGUUCGUCAUGAAGACCAGGCGGACCCUCAAAGGCCACGGGAACAAAGUGCUGUGCAUGGACUGGUGCAAAGACAAGCGGAGGAUCGUGAGCUCCUCGCAGGACGGGAAGGUGAUCGUGUGGGAUUCCUUCACGACUAACAAGGAGCAUGCGGUCACCAUGCCCUGCACGUGGGUGAUGGCGUGUGCGUACGCCCCGUCAGGCUGUGCCAUUGCGUGUGGGGGCUUGGAUAACAAGUGUUCUGUGUACCCACUGACCUUUGACAAAAACGAAAGCAUGGCCGCCAAAAAGAAGUCUGUGGCUAUGCACACCAACUACCUGUCAGCCUGCAGCUUCACCAACUCGGACAUGCAGAUCCUGACGGCGAGCGGGGACGGGACGUGCGCCCUGUGGGACGUGGAGAGCGGGCAGCUGCUGCAGAGCUUCCACGGGCACGGGGCCGACGUGCUCUGCUUGGACCUGGCGCCCUCAGAAACCGGAAACACCUUCGUGUCUGGGGGCUGUGACAAGAAGUCCAUGGUGUGGGACAUGCGUUCCGGCCAGUGCGUGCAAGCCUUUGAAACCCAUGAAUCAGACGUCAACAGUGUCCGGUACUACCCGAGCGGAGACGCCUUCGCCUCAGGGUCAGAUGACGCUACGUGUCGCCUCUACGACCUCCGGGCAGACAGAGAGGUGGCCAUCUAUUCCAAGGAGAGUAUCAUAUUUGGAGCAUCCAGCGUGGACUUCUCCCUCAGUGGUCGCCUGCUCUUCGCUGGAUACAACGAUUACACCAUCAACGUCUGGGAUGUGCUCAAGGGGGCCCGAGUCUCCAUCCUGUUUGGACAUGAAAACCGUGUUAGUACUCUGCGGGUUUCCCCUGACGGAACUGCUUUUUGCUCAGGAUCCUGGGAUCACACCCUACGAGUCUGGGCUUAAUCAUUCCCUCACAGCACACUUUUAGGAACCUGAGGUUAGAAUCUGAAAUCGCCACAUGUCAAUAGAUCUUACUUCUAGAGGACUUGAGAGUUUAUCACAACGUGGCUGAAAGGCCACCAAACAUCUCCAAUAUUCCUAUGAAAACCACUGUCAGCCUUCAGCACUAGGAGGACACCUUCAAGGACAGUGUUGGGGGGUUUUUGUUCUUUUCAUUUUGAGCACUUUUUAAAUUUAUUCGUUAAUAUAUAUAUAUAUAUAUAUAUAUAUAUAUAUAUAUAUAUU